CGCCCAGCGGCAUUUCGGCGGCUUUCGAGGCAUCAUGGCGGCGCCCAGUGAUGACUGGGUGGAGUCUUCGGACUCUUCCGACGGGGAGGAACCAGCGAUGGACUCUGGGGCUGACGUGGACCAAGCCCCCAAGGUCACGUGUCUCUUCUGUGAUGAGACCUUUGGCUCGUCAGACGAGACGCUGCUCCACUGCAGCACAGCCCACGACUUCCCUCUCCUGCACAGCCUCAAGGCCAACGGCUUGGACUUCUACGACUACAUCAGGAUUGUCAACUUCAUCAGAAACACCGGCCCGUCACCCCGUGACCUCCUCUUCUCUCCCCGCGAGUCGCAACCCUGGGUGAGCGACCGGUUCCUGACGUCCACCCUGGAGGACGACCUUCUGCUCACCCACGACGUGGACGGGGCCUUGGAGGAGGAGGAGGAGGAUGAGGCGGAGGAGGGAAUCCGCCAGGUGGGACUCCGCGACGAGGGUCUCCGCGCUCGGUUGGCGGAGAGGCGGGCGGAGAGGGCUGAGCAGGAGCUCGCCCGCGCGAUGGAGGACAUGCACAAGAUGCGGGAGGUGAUGGGAGCGAUCGUCAACGGCACAGCGGCUCCAUCGCGCUCCACCUCGCGCGGCGGCGGCGGUGGCGGCGAGGAGGAGGAGCGUCAGCAGGAGGACGAGGCGUACUUCGGCUCCUACGCCCACUUCUCCAUCCACGAGGAGAUGCUCAAGGACACGGUGAGGACGGGGGCCUACCGGGACUUCAUCUACGGCAACCCUCACCUCUUCAGAGACAAGGUGGUGCUGGACGUGGGCUGCGGGACGGGGAUCUUGUCGCUGUUUGCGGCGCGGAGCGGAGCGCGGCGCGUCUUCGCUGUGGAGCAGUCGGAGAUCGCCUACCAGGCCAUGGACAUCGUGAGACAGAACGGGCUGCAGGACAUCGUGACGGUUCUGCACGGGCGAGUGGAGGACGUCUCUCUCCCCGUGAAGGAGGUGGACCUCAUCGUGUCUGAGUGGAUGGGCUACUUCCUGCUCUUCGAGUCGAUGCUGGACUCGGUGUUGGUGGCACGAGACCGCUGGCUGUCGCCUCGAGGAGCAGUGUACCCGGACGUGUGCACGCUGCGCGUGGCGGCUCUGUGCGACGAGGCGUCCCACGCGUCGCGUGUCGCCUACUGGGGCGACGUCUACGGCUUCCGCAUGGCCUCCAUGCUCGCCCCGCUGCUCGCUGAGCCCUCGGUGGAGCGCGUCGCGCCGGAGAGACUCGCCUCCCAGCCGCACGAGGUCAAGACGAUCGACUGCUGUCGAGACAAAGUUGAGAGCUUGGAAUUCACGUCGAACUUCUCGCUGAAAAUCACUCAGACGGGCUCCUGCACGGGCCUCGUGGGCUACUUUGACGUUUACUUCAGCAAGGACUGCACCGAAAAAGUCAUGUUCUCCACGGCCCCUGGCUGCCCCGGCACGCACUGGAAACAAACCGUCUUCCUGCUGGAGAAGCCGAUCGCCGUGAGCGCCGGCUCCACGCUGGAAGGCACGAUCAGCUGUCGAAAGCAGCGCAAGGACCGCCGCUCGCUCGACAUCGUGCUGACCAUCGGCUCCGUGCGCGCUCGCUACUUCAUGCAGUGAAAUCCACUGCUGGAUGAGAGCCAGGAGGGCAGCGUGACGGGCCGUGUUGGAGAGAGACACACGUCAGCCGUCUAUCGCCGAGAUCCUACGUGAACAUCUCGCCCACCGUGUGGUGCUCCCUGGUUGGCGAGAUGUUAACCACCUCGCCUGGUGUACAGGAGGUCGUGGGUUCGAUCCCGACCCUGACACCUGCUGCUGUGUAUUUGGAGUUUGCGUCUCUCAUCAUCGUCACGGUGGCUAGGAGAUGUUAACUACCUCGCCCGCCUGGUAUACAGGAGGUCGUGGGUUCGUUUUCGACCCUGACGCCUGCUGCUGCUGUAUAUUUGGAGUUUGCGUGUCUCUCUCUCUCAUCAUCAUCACAGUGGCUAGGAGAUGUUAACCACCUCACCUGAUACACAGGAGGUGGGUUCGAUCCCGACCCUGACGCCGACUGCUGCUGCUGUAUAUUUGUAGUUUGCGUCUCUCAUCAUCAUCACGGUGGCUAGGAGAUGUUAACCACCUCGCUUGGUACACAGGAGGUCUUGGGUUCGAUCCUGACCCUGACGCCUGCUGCUGUAUAUUUGGAGUUUGCGUGUCUCUCUCAUCAUCACAGUGGCUAGGAGAUGUUAACCACCUCGCCUUGUACACAGGAGGUCGUGAGUUCGAUCCUGACCCUGACGCCUGCUGCUGUAUAUUUGGAGUUUGCGUGUCUCUCGUGCCGUGGUCGCGUGGAUUAUUAGCCAGGUCCUCCAGCUUUUGCCCUUCAAAUUUAGAAUCAACAUCAAGCGUUCAGAGUUUAUUUGGCUGCUAGACAUUUCCACGUGAUGAUGACGAUGAUGAGCCGCUUCGACGAGCUGUCAUUUGCGAUAGCCGGUUCCGCUUCUGAAAAAGUAACAAAAUGGCUCAAGACAGCUUUACCUGAUGAAAUAAAACAUUGGUAUAGUUUUAUAAAAUCCGAACUCGAGCUUCCUGCGAUGUAUCCGGCUUGUCGAGUGUUCGCCGUUGACAGCCUCGGCCUCGCCAUGAUGUGAAGACCACAGUUCUCAAGGGUAGAGAGUUCACGUCUUCACUCAGUUCCUGAUACGAGGGGGCAGGGACCAAACUACGUAGCGUAAGUUGUAAGUUCGGGUGAAGAUACGAUUUUCCGUAACUCCCGAGCAAAUAAGAGACGACCAUUAGACGUCGUAAAAUUACGAGGGAUUGGGUGGUCAGGGUCCACUGGUAAGUUGAUAGUUAAACGAGAAUAUGGCGUGAAUACAACAAGUAACGUGAUUAACAACAUUCAAAAAUAACUCCAUCGCACGAAGCAAUGCGAUCAUGGCGGCCAUUUUACAUGGUGGGGCAUGGCAGCCAUUUUACAUGGGAGGGCAUGGCGGCCAUGUUGCCACGGGGGUCGUCUUCCUCGCCCCUGAUUGGCUGAUUGCAGUGGGAGUGAUUACGCAACCCCAAGCAACAGCUGUUACGUGGACGAGCGUUCGAAUCCCACUACGGACACCCGUAUUUAGUUUAACUCGUAGUAGGAGGCUCUAAGCGACCAAAACUAUGAAUGUGUCGUUAUGCCCGCCACCACCCGACACGGCCAAUUAGCGAAGGUUUGUCACGUAAACAAGAAUUGCCAAUUCGUUACCGGUUCAGAAUAACCGGUUUGUGUUGUUGGCGAGUAAACAAACACGACAGCAUUUCCUUCGACUUACGAUCUGUUCACCUUUCGAUUUAAAGCUUUCGUGACUGCAGGGAUUCAUCUUCUUGGUUCUUUCGGUAAAGUCACGUAGAAUGUAAGUGAUAAAAUAAUACAAAAUAAAACAUUAAAUAAUUCUCACGACGUUUCGGCCACAACGCAAGCAGCCGUCCUCAGGUGGAGAGCAGGUCUGUCGAGUAGACAGAAGUCAUUCAGACUCUUGUCUAUUUCAUUAUUUCCCUUCUACGUGACUUUACCGAAAGAACCAAGAAGUUAAGACUAUCGAUUUUAAUGGAAAAAUAACGGAUAAAACACCGUAAGAUGAUUACAAAUGUCAUGUUAAUAGCUUCAAAAAGUCAAAGAUUCUCAACUUGCUCGCCAUCGUUGUCAACGCGCGCCUGGAAUCUUCUCCAGGUGGUCUCCACAACCCGGAGGGACAUUUAUUGCGUUUGCAAAUUCUUAGAAGUGUUAAACAAGAAAUGUUAAGCUCGCUGUACGUGGCCUUAACCAGACUACACAGGCGAGUGCUGUUAAAUCCUGGACGCAGUGCCGGAUUAUUCUAGUAGCAGAAGUAGCUACAUAUGUAGUAGCUACUACAUGUGUAGUAACUACUACAUGUGGAGUAGCUGCUACACAUGCAGCUGCUACACAUGUAGUUAUUACACAUGUAGCUACUGCACAUGUGUAGUAGCUACUGCACAUGUGUAGUAGCUACUACACAUGUGUAGUAGCUACUACACAUGUGUAAUAGCUA